AUACCAUCACUAUUUAUUUACCUAAUCCAGAAAAGGAUUAAAUCGUCAUUUUCAAUAUAUUAUAUUAAUGGAGGUUUCUCAAAUUUUAUCGCCAGCUGGCAGCACAGAAAAGAAAAAGAACAAUAAACAGCCAUGUCCAUGUCUACCCUUUUCUCUCUCCUCUGAAAAUUCUUCGCUUCUUCUCUCAUCGAACAUCUCGUAAAUCACAACUAUAUUCUCGAUUAUUCUUCCUCGCGAUCUUAAAUUUGUUAAAAGGGUAUUGAGGAGGCAGUUUCUAGGGUUUAUUGUACAAUUAUAUAAAUAAUGGGGUGCCAAGGGUUUUGGGGAUGUUUGCUGAAAUUGUUGAAUUUCUUGAUGACGAUUGCUGGUUUGGCAAUGGUGGGAUAUGGAAUUUACUUGUUUGUGAUGUAUAAGCAAGCGUCACCGGAUGCCAGCCCUCCACCAUUUAGUCCUGAGGAACCAUUGAUUCAGCUGGGUCGCCCUUUGAUUAUGUCUGUAUCGCUAUCGAACAGCUUUUUUGAUAAUCUUCCAAGAGCUUGGUUCAUAUACUUGUUUAUUGGUGUCGGAGCUUUUCUUUUUAUCAUUUCAUGUUUUGGUUGCAUAGGCGCUUCAACAAAAAAUGGUUGCUGUUUGUCUACUUAUGCUGUAUUCAUAAUUUUGUUGAUCUUGUUGGAGCUUGGAGGUGCUGCCUUUAUAUUCUUCAACAAAGAUUGGGAAGAUCAAGUUCCCUCUGACAAGACUGGUAACUUCGAGAUGAUCUAUGACUUCCUAGAUGACCACUGGUCCAUUGCCAAAUGGGUUCUUCUUGGAAUUGUUGUAUUGGAGGCUGUGCUGUUCUUGUUAACCAUCAUUGUAAGAUCUAUGAACAGGUCUGCUGAUUAUGAUAGUGAUGAGGAGUUCAUCAAUCCAAGGCAGUCUUUUAAGCAGCCUCUUAUGAACAGACAAGCUCCGGUUGCAACAGGUGUACCUGUUGCUGGUACCCUUGAUCAGAGACCUGCCAGGAAUGAUGCUUGGAGUGCACGCAUGAGAGAAAAGUAUGGUCUUGAUACGUCAGAGUUCACCUAUAACCCAGCCGAAUCAGGACGAUACCAGCAGCCUGCUGCACAACAAACAGAGGAACGAGGCCGCUGCACCAUCAUGUAAAAAAACUGAAGCAUUAUUUUGUCUUCCGGAGCAAAUUGGGCUGAUCACAGAAGUCAAAACUUGUCGGGAAUGGUGUAAAAAGCGCUCCCAUUUAUAUCAAAGAAAAGUCAAUUUGACAAGCGUGGUGUGUAAAAUUUACCUUUUCAGGUGUUGUUUCUUCUAAAUUACGUUGACCCAGUGAAUAUAUCUCAGUACAGUCCAUGUUGUGUUAAACUUGCAUAUUUUUGCAUAUAGUCAAUGUGUUGAGUCAUUCAUCAUUGAUCCA